AUGGUUUCGACAUCCGGGAGAAUCGAACCGGAAACCCACUGGAUCAAGCCUACACCCCACGUACCGAAUUCCAAGUUGCCGAUCAUUGUGUACCGUAAUGCGCUGAAAGACACCAAACCGGACAGCAUCUUGGCGACCAUCGAGCCGAAUGGUUGGCUGAAAGGUGGUCAUUGGAAAGCAUUCUACAAGCCGCACUUCCAUUCCAACUGCCAUGAAUGCUAUGGCGUCGUAGCAGGCAGCACAACCUACCUGCUGGGGAAGUCGCCUCAGGAUCCAGAUGUUGAUGAGCAAGGAAAUGAGCAUGGACUUAAGCUCACCGUGGGUAAAGGCGACGUGUUUGUUUUCCCGGCUGGUAUCUCGCACGCUUCGCUGGAGGCCAAAGACGAUUAUGAGUAUAUUGGUUUCUAUCCAGAUGCCGCCUUGGUGGAAGAGAAGAGAUUCGACAUGAACUGGGGUGACAAAGGACCUGAGGAGACGCAAAGGCUCGCAAAGCUCUGCACCGAAGUCCCAGUCCCAGAGGCAGAUCCAUUGUAUGGCGUCGAUGGACCUCUUCCGAAGAUUUGGAGAGAAGCGAAUUGA